UCGCUCUGGCUCCGAGGCGCUCCCCCCCCAAAUACCCUAGCGGCGGCGGAGAUGGAGGAAGGCGGCGGCGGGGAGGAGGCGGAGAGGUGGCCGUGGUGGGCGGGGGCGAGCGCGGCGCAGGUGGCGGCGGGCGUGGCGUGGUUCCGGCGGGGCAGGGGCGGCGCGGCGUUCGCGAUGCCGUUCAAGGCGUUCGCCAUCGCCACCCUCUUCGUCGGCGCCGGCGCCACCGCCGUCACCGCCGGAGUUCUCGCGGCGGGCGUCGGAUCGGUGGACGAGAUGAAGGGCGUGGGCGCGAGCAUCCGGAGGUGGAUGGGAGCUCCUCCACGACGCCGAGUGGAGGGAGGAGGAGACCCAUGACCAGCACAACGCUAGUGCGUGUUCAAUUGUAUCGAUAGAUCCCAGGCAUUGUAUGUGCUCUAGAAAUCCUCAGUUUUUUGCUUCACAUCGUCUAAGGCCCAAAUGUGAAAUGUUCGUCUGUUUGAACUGGAAUUGGAAAAGAAAAAAGCAAUAAUCGCCUCGAUACUUCGUUGCAAA